AAGCAACCAUGGCUGGCCAUGACUCGGGAUCUCAACACCAGUUCACUGGGUUUCAGAAGUACUUCAAUUCCUAUACCAUCACAGGCAGGAGGAAUUAUGUAAUAGCAACAUACACAGGUGUUGCAAUGCUCAUCUUGUAUUUCAAACUUAGACCUAAAAAGAAAACUCCUGCUGUGGCAGAUAAGUAAAUGGUUGCUGGCAUGUCUUAACCUCCAAUCUGUGUCAGUGUAAUGCAGGCUGAUGACCUGUUGUGGCUAAUAAAAUAUAAGUAAUUGUUUUAUUGGAAAUAUGAAAUGGUGCAAAAAA